CAGUGUGACUGAUACAGUUGGGUUGUUUUGUUUUUCUCCCUCAUUUGUACACAUAGUACUACCUGGUUGAUUUGUGAGCUACAUAGUAUUCCAUUAUGUAGCUGUACCAUUCAAUUAAGUUCUUAUUUAAUAAGAGCUCUAUUAACACACAUUUAGUUUGUUGGUAUAAUCUUUUGCUUUUACAGUGUUACAUUGGACAUGUUAAAGAGUAUACAUGAGUAUAUUUCAAAAAUACCAGUAAGGAACAGUAAGGAAUCAUGAGAAGGACUUUUUAUGUACCUAUGUAGCUCCAGAAUGUGGAUAGUGACUGCCAAGUUGAUUGCAAUGAAUAAUAAGUAUUUGCCUCAGGUGGACUGCACUUUCCUGACUCCCCCAAACAGGGCCACUAGCCUGACCUUGAUUGAUCUCCCUGGCCAUGAGAGCUUGAGACUUCAGUUCUUAGAGCGUUUUAAGGCUUCAGCCAGGGCUGUUGUGUUUGUUGUGGACAGUGCAGCCUUCCAGCGAGAGGUGAAAGAUGUGGCAGAGUUUCUGUAUCAAGUCCUCAUUGACAGUAUGAGUCUGAAGAACACACCAUCAUUCUUAAUCGCCUGCAAUAAGCAAGACAUUACAAUGGCAAAAUCCGCAAAGUUAAUUCAACAGCAGCUUGAGAAAGAACUGUGCCGUAAUCUUGGACAUGGAUUCCUUCUCUCUCGUGCAUGGGUGGUUAUUCAAAUUGAUGGUUCUGUGAGAAGACUUGUGCUGGAAACUCCUAUUCUGCCAUCUUGCUGAUGUCAGUGUCAGUGGCUUCUGUCCCUUCUGAAUGAAUGUUUAUCAUUUUUCCCUUACUCCUGAUGGUUACUCUCUUGAGACUAUAAAUUGCUUGUUGUUAGGCUAAGGAAAUUAGAACAACUAGGUGAUUUGAUUUUUCUAGAAAUUCUGUUGCAGUUGUUGGGAAUUGGGGGAAAAAGUGAUCAUAAUACUUGUGUAUCCAUUUUGGUUUUUUCUUUUUAGCAGUAUAGUCUAUGUAUUCCUGUGUUCAAAACAUGUCUUUUCCUUAGUCCAUUUGCUUUUCACUCUAAAGAGCCAUAGAAAAGCAAUACAGAUGGAAAUGCUAUAUUAUAAGGUAGUGAAGUAAAAUGUUAAAAGUUGCUAGGUGAGGGGCACCUGGGU